AUAACAGAGUACCGUUUGCUUUCGCCGUCACCGCUUCAGGGGGGAUUUUGUUGUUUUUCGAGUGCUACACGAUGAUCUCCGCCACGGAUCUGAUUCACAAGGCCAUUGGGGUGGUGGGUGUGCUGGCCCUGCUGCUGGCCGUCUCCCACUCGACCGCCAGAGUCUCCGUGCACUUGGGCGAAGGUCUGUCCAACGUGGUGGAGUCCUGCGCCCGAUGCCUGAACAGCCUGACGACCGUCGAAGGCACGCCCGUGCUAGUGGACUGUGAGAACAUGGGUCCCACAUGCUCCACCAUCCGCCGCGUCGGCCAUCGGGUGUACAGUGCGGUGGAGCGAAUGGUCGACUCUGGCCGGAGCUGGACCAGGGCGCAGCCCAAUCCCGAUGACCAGCAGAAGACAAGGCCGAAAGUGAGGGAGAAACCUGCCAGCAAGAAAAAGACCUCCUCGACCCUCCAGGAAAACCCCAACCACAAGGAUUCCAGGCGGAGCUCGAAGCAGGCGGGACACACGGGUGAAAAUUUAAGGUUACAGUAAAAGAAGAAGAAUUCACAGAAGAGGGCUGUUCCGGAGCUGUCCAGAUUUGUUCGUUUCCCUUGCUCGAACAUCCCCGACCCGGAGCUCAUUCAUUUCGUACAACUGUUUCGGUAAACAUCUACUUUGUGGAGGCCAAAAAUGAGACAAUAGAAACAGAUUUUCCAAAUUCGUAGCCAAGGAAA